AUGGGGCAAUCUACUUCUACUCCACUGUCUCUGAUGACCAGCCAUUUUUCUGAUUUCAAAUCUAGAGCUCAGAAUCUUUCAUUACUGGUGAAGAAGAGCAAAUUGGUAACUUUCUGUUCCACCGAGUGGCCCACCUUUGACGUUGGAUGGCCACCAGAGGGAACCUUCAAUCCCCAGAUUGUCCAAGCAGUUAAAGAGUGGGUAUUUGCUCCUAGUCCUGCCGGACACCCUGAUCAGACUCCCUACAUCCUAGUCUGGCAGGAUCUAGUGAGAAAUCCGCCAGAAUGGCUUAAACCUUUUGUUCUUGCUCCUCCUAAACCCCCUAAACCUCCCUGUCCCUCUUCCCCAACCCCAACCUCGCCAAACCCACAGGUAUUAGUCAUGAAGGCUUCUGAAGAAAAAGAAGGAAAAAAGGAUGACAAUCAACCAAAGCCAGUCUUCCAGGAAUCUUCUCUGUAUCCUAAUCUGAUAGAUCUGGAGACUGAAUUGUUCCCACUCCCGUAUGCGGAUCCACAUCCACCCUUGCUUCCACAGAUUCCACAAGUUUCAUCGGGAGAAGCCCGGAGGAGGGCGGAGCCCUCGGCUUCUCCUAGGGAAGGGGGCCCCACCCAGAGAACUCGGGGAAGAGCAAGGGAAAUGGCCAGUGCAGCAGAAGAAGGACCGGAAAUUCCCUCCUCCACUGCUCACGCGUUUCCGGUCCUGUGGCCCUUUUCCACUAGUGAUUUGUACAAUUGGAAAACUCAGACUCCCUCUUUCUCUGAAAAACCGCAGGGUCUUAUUGAUCUUUUAGAAUCUAUCCUCUUUACUCACAACCCCACUUGGGAUGAUUGUCAGCAACUGUUACAGGUGCUUUUCACUACAGAGGAGCACAAGCGAAUCCUGUUAGAAGCUCGGAAGAACAUGCCAGGGGUAGAUGGGAGGCCCACAAUACAGCCUAACCUCAUUGAGGAGGGGUUCCCCUUGGUGCGACCCAACUGGGACUUCAAAUGCGCUGAAGGUAGGGAGCGUCUCCAAAUGUACCGCCAGAUCCUUAUGGCUGGCCUUAGAGCGGCUGCCAAAAAGCCAACUAAUUUGGCCAAGGUAAAUUCAGUGAGGCAAAAGCCAAAUGAGAGCCUGGCAGCCUUCCUUGAAAGGAUAAUGGAAGCUUUUAGACAGUAUACUCCUAUGGACCCACAGGCAGAUGAGUCUCGAGCAGCAGUUAUGCUAGUAUUUGUGAAUCAGGCAGCCCCCAAUAUAAGGAGAAAGUUACAAAGGAUAGAGAGGCUGGGUGAACAGUCCCUGCAAGAUCUAGUCAGGGCAGCAGAGAGAGUUUUCAAUCAUAGAGAGACCCCAGAGGAGAGAGAGGACUGCAUUAGAAGGGAAGAAAGAGAAUUUAGAGCUGAAGAAAACCGUAAGAACCAAAAAGAGCUGGCUCAGAUAUUUUUCGCCGGAGUUGAAAACAAAAAUAGGUUCCAAAAAGGGAAAAAGCUAGACUCAAAGACUGAGGAAAAACCUGCAAGGUGUAAGCUUGAAAAAAACCAAUGUGCGUUUUGUAAGGAGAUUGGACAUUGGAAAGAUAAAUGCCCCAAGAAAAACCUAAAAGAGGGGCCCCAAAAUCCCAAGAACGAGACUCCCUCUCCAGACAGUCAUAUCCUCUAAGUGGGUGAGGAUAGUGACUAGGGGGGUCAGGGCUUGACACCCCUCCCCGAGUCCUGGGUAACUAUAAAUGUGGAGGGGAAACCGGUUGGCUUCAUGGUGGAUACGGGAGCUCAGUACUCAGUCUUAAACCAAAGAGAUGGACCCAUGUCUAAGAAAAGUAGCUGGGUGCAGGGAGCAACCGGGACUAAGCGAUAUGGAUGGACUACAAAAUGACAUGUGAACUUGGGGGCCCACCAAGUGACCCAUUCCUUUCUGGUGAUACCUGAGUGUCCAGCGCCCUUGCUGGGAAGAGAUUUACUGUCUAAAGUAAAUGCCCAAAUUCAUUUCAACCAUGGGCAAGUGUCAGUUUUAGAUGGAACCGGGCAUCCUCUUCAGGUCUUGUCUCUGGCAUUAAAGGAUGAAUACAGACUGUACUUGCCAGAGGCCCCAGCAACAAUAAGUCCAGAAGUACAGCCAUGGGUUCAGAGAUACCCUCAGGCCUGGGCUGAAACAGCAGGAAUGGGACUGGCCAAACAGAGGCCCCCUAUUAUUGUGGAACUGAAAGCCAGUGCCACACCGGUGAGAGUGCAGCAGUAUCCCAUGAGUCAAGAGGCUUGGCAAGGAAUUACUCCUCACAUACAACGUCUCAUAGAUGCUGGGGUCUUGAGAAAGUGCCGGUCCCCAUGGAACACUCCCCUGCUUCCCGUAAAGAAGCCUGGGGGAACUGAUUUUAGACCGGUUCAAGACCUGCAAGAAGUCAACAAAUGGGUGAGUGAUAUUCAUCCUACGGUUCCUAACCCUUAUACAUUGCUAAGCAGCUUGCCACCAAGCUACGUUUGGUAUACUGUUUUAGAUUUAAAAGAUGCCUUUUUCAGUCUGCCUCUUGCCCUUGCAAGCCAAGAGAUCUUCGCCUUCAAAUGGCAGGAAGACGGUGUUCAGACUCCUGUGCAGCUGACGUGGACUCGCUUACCACAGGGUUUCAAAAACUCACCCACGUUGUUUAACGAGGCCUUGGAUGAAGACCUCCAUGAGUAUCAGGUUGAACACCCUACCACUGUUUUAUUACAAUAUGUUGAUGACCUUAUGCUGGCAGCAACUAUGGAAAAAGAGUGCCAAGAGGCAACAGGUGACCUUCUCCAAACCUUGGGGACUUUAGGUUACGGGGCCAGUGCCAAAAAGGCCCAGAUUGCCAAGCAAGAGGUUACAUACCUCGGUUAUAAGAUACAACAGGGCCAGAGGUGGCUAACACAGGCUAUGAAAGAAACCAUCCUCCAGGUCCCUGAGGUGGCCAACCCUAGACAAGUGAGAGAAUUUCUGGGAAGUGUGGGAUAUUGCCGAUUAUGGAUCUUGGGGUUUGCAGAAAAGGCCAGGCCCCUGUAUGAAGGGACCAAAGAAAACAAAGACUGGAAAUGGACUGAGUCAAUGAAAAUGGCCUUUCAGGAGCUCAGGCGUGCCUUGCUGGAAGCUCCUGCCCUUGCCCUUCCUGACUCAUCUAAGCCUUUCCAAUUAUUUAUAGAUGAAAGGUGAGGGAUAGGAAAAGGGGUACUAACACAGAAGUGGGGACCUUGGAAGCAUCCCAUAGCUUACCUUUCCAAGAAAUUGGACCCAGUGGCAGCCGGAUGGCCACCUUGCCUCCGAAUCAUCACAGCCACUGCACUCCUAGUCCAUGAUGCUGAUAAACUGACUUAUGGACAGAGACUUUUGGUCUACACUCCUCAUGCUAUAGAGAGAGUUCUGAAACAACCCCUGGGUAAAUGGAUUUCCAAUGCCCCCUUGACACACUACCAGGCCCUGCUACUUGACACCUCACGGAUUCAUUUUCAAACGCCUUGCACUCUAAACCCGGCUACUCUUUUGCCCAAUCCGGAGGGGGAUAGCCCCCUCCACGAUUGCAAUGAGAUACUGGCCAGAGUAACGGCAAUACGGAAGGACUUAACAGAUACGCCACUGGAUAACAGUGAGCUAAUAUGGUUUACAGAUGGAAGCAGCUAUGUAAAAGAUGGACAGAGACGGGCGGGGGCCGCAGUGGUAGAUGAUUCUGGACAGACAAUAUGGGCGGAGACUGUUUCCCCAGACACCUCAGCACAAAGAGCAGAGUUAAUUGCCCUGAUUCAAGCAUUAGAGAGAGCUAAAGGAAAAAGAAUAACUAUUUUUACUGACAGUCGCUAUGCUUUUGGCACAGUACACAUCCAGGGCCUGAUAUAUGGAGAACGGGGGUUUUUGGCAGCUGAAGGAAAAGAGAUUAAAAACUUGCCAGAAAUCUGUCGACUUUUGGAGGCUGUGCAGUUGCCUCAGGCUGUGUCAAUAGUACAUGUACCUGGACAUUAAAAAGGGGACAGCCCCACGGCACAAGGAAAUCGUGCCACAGAUCUGGCAGCUCGAAAAGCGGCUGAUGAAGAUUUUAUCGCUCCGGUGUUGCGAUCGGACUUCCACCCCCAGAUAUGGGAACUUUGCCCCCAACCCCUGAACUCCGAUGGUUACUUGAUACUCCCUGCUCAGUUGGGACGGCAACUGUGUGAGCAUCUACACUCGUCUACUCAUCUGGGAGAGAAAAAGACUCUGAUGCUUUUUCAAACUGCAUGCCUGCGAUUCCCCUGGCACCAAACAACUGUGAAGAACAUAGUACAUGCUUGUAAGGCAUGUCAACAGAUGAGGCCAGGAAAGAGGCAACAAAGGACUGAGGUAUCAGGGAAAGGGCCAGGGCAGCACUGGGAAAUAGAUUUCACCGAGGUAAGGCCAGGCAAGUAUGGUUACUGGUACUUGUUAGUGUUGGUAGAUACCUUCUCAGGGUGGGUAGAAGCUUUCCCUACUAAGGGAGAAACUGCAAUGGUAGUGGCUAAAAAGAUUUUAGAACAAGUAGCUCCCAGGUUUGGUCUGCUGGUGACUGUUGGCUCUGAUAAUGGACCUGCUUUUGUGAGCCAAAUAGUUCAGAGCCUUGCCCUAGCUCUGGGGACCAAAUGGAAAUUACAUUGUGAAUAGAGCCCACAGAGCUCGGGGCAAGUUGAAAGAAUGAAUCGGACCCUAAAGGAAACUUUAACUAAAUUGGCUAUAGAGACUGGCGGGGACUGGGUGACUCUCCUUCCCUUUGCCCUCUUUCGCGCACGUAAUACUCCUUAGCUUAAUCUGACCCCAUUUGAAAUUCUGUAUGGGCGACCUCCCCCUGUAUGUCCAAUAUUUGAAGGAAAGAAACUUCCACCUCCUACUUUGGGACAAUUCCAGGAGGCUUUGAUGGCUUUGGGCAAAGUGCAUUCUUGUGUCUGGAAACUGCUCCAGGAAAUACAUGAGGGUCAAAACAAGGGGACGAUUCCCUCACAUAACACUGGCCCUGGAGAUUGGGUGUGGGUCAAAAGGCACCACACCAAGGCACUAGAACCUAAAUGGAAGGGUCCUUAUGUUGUUCUUCUUACCAUCCCAACUGCCCUAAAGGUCGACGGUAUCGGGCCUUGGGUGCAUUGCAACCACGUAAGCGCAGUAGUCCUCAACGCCUCUUACGACCUGGCCAACGGCACCAAUCCUCCCCAAUGUCGAUGGGGAGAACGAAAAGUAGGCCUUCAGUGA